ACGUACCAGGUGGUCGGAACUCGCUAGUCAACAGCAAAUAAUUGUACCAUUCACGUGUGAUUAACUGUUUACACAAAUGUUGCAGACAGUUCGCAACCACCACUCGCUUGCUUCACUUGUUUAUUUUAGAAUAAAAACUUUUUGAAGAACAAAACACGGUGUAAAAAAUAAAAAAACCUCUCGAGUGCCAGUGACGUGCGUAAAAGAGUUUCGCGCGCUUUUUUGACAGAAAGACAUCAUGUUUAAAAAGUUCUUAUUUGUGUUUGUUGUGUUUGUCGCUGAUGGUUUUGCUACGGGCUACACGCCACAAAAGCUGUUCAUUUCAGUGUACUACGAGAGCAGAUGCCCGGACAGCAAGGCGUUUAUUCUGGAGCAGCUGCGACCUGCGAUGAAGCUGCUGUCAGACCACAUCAUGCUAAUGCUAGUACCGUUCGGGAAGGCAAGGAGUAUAAACCAAGGAUACGGCGGUUUCCAAUGCCAGCACGGUCCGUCUGAAUGCCUGGGCAACGUAGUUCAGAGCUGUGCCCUGGACCAAAUGCUGGACCGGACUGACGCCCAGAAAGUGGACUACGUGGCGUGCGAGUUUGAAACAUUCGCUGGAGCUAAGGGGGAUCUCUCGUGCGUGCAAAAAGCGAAUGUCUCCCCUGACCUAGUGAGGGACUGCAUGGCAUCAGGCAGGGGAACGGAACUGCAACUCGACGCGGAGUACCUCACGCGGCUUGUCAGCCCGAAGUUCGUGCCCACGGUCACUAUUGAUGGGAUAUUCAACCAGCAAAUCCAAGACUCCUCGCAAGUGGACCUGGUCGGUACCCUGUGCUCGGUGCUCAAAGAGACUCCGAUCUGCGCGCGCCACUACAACUCCAUGGCCAUGAGAUACGUACUCUUCUGAUUAAAACACAUUUGUAUUUA